AUGCCUAUCCCUUUCAUCGGCCGACUAAACAUCGUCGAGUAUGUGGCUCUGGUGGGGUCUUUUCUUCUGGUAGGACUCGAGGCUAUCAUCCGAGUCCUGACCUUGGCUCUGCCUUCGCCGCUCAUCGCCCUGUUCUACCGAGCUUCGCGUCGACUGUUUAAUCGAUUUUCGACGCCCGCGCACAAACGCGCCGAGGAGCGCAAGAAGUCUAUCUCGACUAACGUGAGGGACGCCUCGGACUUCGUCGAUCUUUGCCGCUUGUUCGGAUAUGAGGCUGAGGAGCACGUUACGCAAACCAAGGAUGGCUUCCUCCUCGGUCUCCACCGCUUGGCUUGGAAGAAGGGCGAGGAGGGUCUGAAGAUCAACAGCGGUCCGAACAGCGUGAAAAAGAAGGUCGUAUACCUGCAUCACGGCCUUCUCAUGAACUCGGAGGUCUGGGUGUGCUUGACCGACGAGCAGAGAUGUCUUCCUUUUGUGCUCGUCGAGAAGGGCUACGAUGUCUGGCUCGGCAACAACCGCGGCAACAAGUACUCGAAGAAGAAGGUUUCCCAGUCGCCUAAGUCGCUCGAGUUCUGGAACUUCUCCAUCGACGAGUUCGCCUUCCAUGACAUCCCCGACAGCAUCGCUUACAUCCUCGAGGCUACCGACCAGGAAAGCUUGUCGUACAUUGGUUUCUCCCAGGGAACUGCGCAAGCUUUCGCAACCCUCGCCAUCCACCCCAAGCUGAACCAACAGGUGAACGUAUUCAUCGCUUUGGCCCCGGCCAUGUCACCCGCCGGUCUAUCCAACGGCAUCGUAGACGCCCUAGUCAAGGCUUCCCCGCAAGUCUUGUUCCUCCUUUUCGGUCGCCGAUCCAUCUUAAGCUCUGCUACCAUGUGGCAGUCCAUUCUUUACCCGCCGAUUUUCGUUAGAGUCAUCGACCUUGGCCUUUCCUUCUUGUUUAACUGGCAGACGAAGAAUAUCUCUCUCAGCCAGAAGCUUGCUGCUUACCCCCAUCUCUAUUCCUUUACUAGCACCAAGAGUGUGGUCCACUGGUUCCAGAUCAUCCGCAACAAGUCCUUCCAGAUGUACGACGACGACGUUCACCCGCCCAUGUCCAUCAGCUCUUCUAGCAAGUACACAAAGGUCGCAAAGUACCCCACGCGCAACAUCAAGACUCCCAUCGUGCUUGUCUAUGGCGGCAGCGACUCAUUGGUCGACAUCAAGGUCAUGCUCAAGGAACUGCCCAGCCAGACAGUGGCCACCGAGAUCCCCCACUACGAGCAUCUUGACUUUCUCUGGGGCCGCGACGUCGACGCCCAGGUCUUCCCCCACGUCUUCGACGCGCUUGACAGCUUCACCGACGCGCUACACUCGAAAGAAGAGUACGCACGAUACCAACUAGCACGACAAGAGAGCCUUCUCGGCUCCGGCAACGCCUACCGCCACGCUCAGAAGGACAGCGACGUCUCAGCUAGCGAGGCCUCGACAUCGGUGGAUGACAUCCAGCCCAGAAACGGUACGGACAGCCCGCUUUCAUACAAGUCACGAGACCGACCAUCCGGGAUCCCCUCGCCCUUCGGUACCACGCGAACGAGGGCUCCGUAUUCUCAGGUCGUUGCUAACGACGACGACGUUCCUUCUUCGCCAGACAGACCAGACAGCCGCGCGGCGAAUCCCGACGACAAGGGCGUAGAAACCCGCGAAUCCCCGACGGCAAAGCUUAAGGGCAUUGGCGUGCGACGCGGAAGCGGAGGAAGUAGCCUAAGCCUGGAUAGUAUGCGGGAGGGUAAGGGUAUUAGUUUGGGUACGAGUAAGGCCCUCGGGGGCGUCGUAACGAAGAGUGGGAUAGAUGCGAAGGGACUGGGUAAUGCUGGGACGGACGAGGCAAAGACUGUGAAGAAGAAGAAGCGUGUCACCGUCGCUCCGUAG